AUGGAGUUCUACUUUACUCUAUAUUCAGUUUUCCUUCUUUUACUGCUCAUGUUGGUGAAGACGGCAAUAAAAAGAUUCAAAUCUAAAAACCCAAACUCAAAGUUUCUUCCAGGGCCAUGGAAAUUACCUGUCGUAGGCAACUUGCACCAGUUAAUGUUAGGCCACCUACCACACCAUACCCUAAGAGAUUUGGCUAGGAAAUAUGGACCGUUUAUGCAUCUACAACUCGGUGAAGUUUCUACUGUCAUCGUCUCUUCACCAAAAAUGGCCAAACAAAUUAUGAAGACGCAUGACUUAAAUUUUGCUGAUAGAGGUGAAACUCUUGCUUCUAAGAUAAUGACCUAUAACUGUACAGAUGUGGCUUUCUCUCCAUACGGUGAUUACUGGAGGCAACUGCGAAAGAUAUUUAUGUUGGAGCUCUUAAGUACUAAACGUGUACAGUCGUUCGGGUCUAUAAGGGAAGAAGAGGUAUCAAACCUCAUCAAUAGUAUUUCAUUGAUGGCUGGAUCACAGAUAAAUCUCAGUGAAAAAAUUUCCUCGCUGACUAAUGAUGUGACAUCCAGGGCAGCGUUCGGUAAGAAAUCCAAAGAUAAAGAAGCAUUCAUAUCAUUGAUCAAGGAGACAACUAAGAUGGCAAGUGGUUUUGCUAUUAGUGAUUUGUUCCCUUCUUUGAAAUUCAUUCAUGUCAUCAGUGGUAUGAAAUCAAAAUUGGAGAGUUUACAUCAGAAGACCGACAAAAUACUUGAUAACAUCAUCAAAGAACACAUAGAGAAUAGAACGGCAAUAAAAACAAACAAGAGUGAAGCUGAGGAAGACCUAGUAGAUGUACUUCUUCAACUUAAGGGAAAUGGUGGACCUGAAUUUGCUAUCACGCCCAACAACCUUAAAGCAGUUAUCUUGGACAUAUUCACUGCUGGGACAGCAAGUUCUUCAACUACAGUAGAAUGGGCGAUGUCAGAGAUGCUGAGAAACCAAGGAGUGAUGGAAAAGGCACAAGCUGAGAUCAGAAAAGUCCUCUACAAAAAGAAAAGGGUCGACGAGAGUGAGUUACACGAACUAAACUACUUAAAACUAGUUAUCAAAGAAACUCUAAGGUUACACCCAGCUCUUCCACUUAUACUCCCACGAAAGUGUCGGGAGAACUGUAAGAUCGACGGGUAUGAAAUUCCUAUGAAAACAAAAGUCAUCAUUAAUGCAUGGGCAAUUGGAAGGGAUCCAGAAUACUGGAGUAAUGCUGAGAAGUUUGACCCGGAGAGGUUCAGUAAUGGUUUUAUUGACUAUAAAGGAACCAAUUUUGAGUAUAUCCCAUUUGGUGCAGGUAGGAGGAUGUGUCCAGGUAUAAAUUUUGGUAUAGCAAAUGUUGAGCUUGUACUUGCGCAACUACUUUACCACUAUGAGUGGAAGCUCCCAAAUGGGGUCAAGCCAGAAGAUCUUGACAUGUCCGAGUCCUUUGGCGCAAGCGUCAGAAGAAAAAAUGAUUUAUACCUGACUCCCAUCCCUUACAAGCCUGUACCGACUGAGUAAACUGUAAAGCUGUUUUUUGUGGUACGAGUUUGUCAGAGUCGGCUCAGUUUUAGAAAUAUUUCCUAGUGUUAUAUGUAAUGCAAAGCACAAGCAGAACUGAUGGGUCAUUUGCUCUUCCCUUUAUUUCUUUCGACACUGUUUUUCAAUAAUAUAACUUUAGUGAAACCAUGUUGUUUUCUGUAAUUCAUUUUUAUGUAGGUAUCUAAGUCCU